AUGAAGGGUCUUCGCUUCGUCCCCUCGCUUCUUUGUUUAUUAACUUCUUUAACGUUCGUCGGUGCCGCUUCUACUACCGGCGGCUGGCAACAGAUUGAGGAUGUGAAGAACGAUGACCAUGUUCAAGACAUAGGCAAAUUCGCCGUAACCGAGUACAACAAGGGGAUGCAGACACAGUUUGAAUUCUCGGCCGUGGUGGAGGCGCAGCAGCUGCAGGCAUCAGGAGUGCACUACCGUUUGGUGAUGGAGGUCAAUAGCAGCACCGCCGUAAAGUACUACAGGGCUCAGGACCACAUACUUUGUGUGAUUGGUGGAGCAAAGGAUAUGGAGAAAUUUAGAUGCGUGUUCCGUAACGUCUUCGAAUAA